AUGUUGUUAAGAAGUUUUAAUUUCGUUAUUCGAUCAAGAUUGUUAUUACCUAGAACAGUUUUGGCUACGUAUUCAGCAUACUGUCCAACUAAAACCAUAACUCAAAAAGAUGCCAUGCCUCCAGGUUCUGGAUCUUCUGUUUCAAAGGUACCAGGCCCAAAGCGAGCUCUUUAUUCUGGAAAAGUAAGAUUUGGUUUCAUUCCGGAUGAAUGGUUUCAAUUUUUCCAUUCAAAAACUGGUGUCACGGGACCAUAUUUGUUUAUGUUAGUUCUAGCUAAUUAUAUGAUAAGCAAAGAGAUUUUCAUUAUGGAACACGAAUAUUAUUUGGGUCUAUCUAUUUUGAUUGUGAUUUCUGGAGCCGUGAAGUACCUAGGACCUGAUUUGGCAUCUGGAUUGGAUAAGGAAGUCGAUGCCGUUCAAGCAGAAUUCGACAAAUGUAGAAAAGAUGAAAUUGACGCAUAUGAAAAUGCUAUAAAAUCUGCUAAAGAUUCACAAUGGCGCGCUGAAGGGCAACAGUUGUUAAUGGAUGCCAAGAAAGAAAAUAUCGCCAUGCAACUUGAAUCAGUUUAUAGGGAGAGGUACAUGCUCGUUUAUACAACUGUUAAGGGGCGUAUGGAUUAUCAUGUCAAAAGAUAUAACGCUGAAGCACGUAUACAACAAAAGUGGAUGAUAGAUUGGAUUUUAGAAAAUGUCAAAAAAUCUAUUACUCCUGAAUUUGAAAAACAGGCGUUGAAUGCUGCUAUACAAGAACUAGCUCUUGUUGCUAGUCGGACUAAUUAA